CAAAGUCUUACUUAUAAGCAAGAGCCAAAAAAAAAUGGCUAUGCCAUUAUUAAAGAUCGAAAAAAUCUCUUGCACAAAGAACCACACCUGCUAACAACUUUAUUUGCAAAAAUUUUGAAGAGCAAAAGCUUCAUUCAUUAAAAAAGUUGGCAUCUAUAUUGAAUUUCAAUUGGAAAACUCAUAUCGUUGCGUCUUUCUCAUCCAUGUUAAUCCUUUUGACAACUAGUCACUACAUAUCUUCUGUAUUUUCUCUCUCAUUUGCUGAUUUACAGUAUCAAGUUUAGGUUAUGAAAACGGAGAUGAAGAACAAAUUGGUUAGACGUAUAAAGAAAAUGCUUCCAUGUUCUGUGUGCAGGUCUAGUUCUCCAAAUCAUCAAACACAUGUAGACGUACGUGAAGAAUAUGCCAAUGCAUUUCGUACUGAAUCAUACGUAGAGUUUUGGACACGCGUGGUUUCAUAUUCCAAUGGUCCACAACGUCGUUCUUGUUUAUCAAGAGAAGAGUCCACCACAUCAACCCGACUUCCCUCUUACCGUUUAUUUGCAGAGCAUCUCUUGGAUCCAGAUCAACCCACGGUUACUCAGAUCCUAACCCAAACCAAACUUCAACCCGAAAUUCAAUCUCUUCUAUUAGACUACUUUGCCUACACUUCUAAUGCAUCUGUACUUUGUAGUCAUUUGUUAAAAGACAUUGAUGGUGUGCGUGUAAAAUAUAGAUCACUUAAUACCAUUCUUCAAUGUGUUACAACUAAUCAAAUACCUUCUCCUAAGGUAGUGGCUCAUUUGAUUGAAUUUUCCAACUCUUUAAACCCAUUUUCUACUUCCGGUCCAUCUCCGUGUCGGGUCCGGUCCACCUUAUGUCAAUGCUCCGAAUUACAAAAGCAGCUUGAGUCGAGCCGUGACAACGCUCGAGCCAAGCUUAAAAUGGUUACUAUGUUUGAACAUUGCUCAACUUGUGUUGUGGUGGUUAUAACAGCUUCACUUGUUGUGCUUGUUAUGGCUCAUGGAUUUGCAUUGCUUGUGGCUAUGCCAGGACUAGCUUUGAUGAAUUUGGGUUCAAAAAGGAAGCUGACUAAGGUAACGGCUCAGCUUGAUGCAGCCGCAAAGGGAACUUAUAUAUUGAACAAAGAUUUGGAGACAACUAGUCGACUUGUGGCUCGGUUAAAUGAUGAGUUUGAGCAUAUAAGGACAAUGGUAAAGUUUUGGCUUGAAAGGAAAGAGGAUAAAAUUCAAGUUGAUGGGGAAGUGGGGCGCCUAUUAAAGAAGAACCAGUGUAAUUUUAGUGAUCUAUUAGAUGAGUUGGAGGAACAUGUGUAUUUGUGUUUUAUGACUAUUAAUAGGGCUAGAGAUCUUGUGUUGAACCAAAUCGAUGCUUCUGCUUGAUUAACCAUUAACUAAUAAAUUAUUCACAUUUGAUUGCU